AUGACGACCGAAACUGAAUCCCCCAUAAGAGCGAUAGCUAUGGAUGCGUUGGCCAUAUUCUUCCCCUGUGGCCAUCGCUUCAUCGAAGACGUUCCAAAACCCCCAGAGUUCGACAAGGAAUCCCGAUAUAAUCUAUCCUGCCCGGCCUGCGUUUCUCACAAGUGUGUAUCCUGUGGAAGCGAUUUUUCCGGCGACGAUACUUCCUGCUUCAAAUGUUUCCGAUUUUGCUACUUGGAAGUAGUGGCUAUAAAUACUCUCCGCACAUACAAGGAUCCUAACAUUGAUGCCAUCUUUUUUGAACAAGGGAUCAUCGUAGCCCCUGAUACGAAGGACGAAACGUCGUUCAUCGCCAACUCGACUGAGGACGUGCGUGUAGGGCCUGGGUAUGUACAGUUUAACGGUGUGGAGAACGGGGACGGAGACGUCUGGAUGAUUCAAAAUGUGAAGGUGCAUUUCUCUGACGUCUCGGAUCCGGAAACUGACAAAAUGACGACAAAGAUGGACCACACUAGCAUGAAUGAGAUUGUUUAA